AUGUUUCUGCAAGUAUCCCGCCGUAUUCAAGGCGAAAAAAGCCCAUAUGAGUGCGAUUCCAUUGCGUGUAAUUGCAUUCACAAACGUGAAGGCUACCUUUCUACUUCCAGUCGCACAUCACAACAGUUCAACACCCGCAAUCCCUGCUCAGUUGAUGCCAGUAAAGAUGAACUUGUCACCUUCAUGCAGCCCCGCAGUAAGGGCCGCGACGGGGGGCCGUCAUGGCUGUGUCCUGUUGUGUCCAAUAGCGCAGCCCUAAGCCCCACAGCUUGCGCCAGUGGAGACUGCAUGCAUUGCAAAUGUGACAGCCCCACGGCUACAGCUUCCUCACAUGACAAGCGCCCGGUAUGGCGUGUCCCGUGGCGAAAUUGUGGGGGUGUUCCUCACAGUGCACAUUCCAGCGGUGACGAUAGCUGCAAUUUGUACUGUCGGGCAUGCAGCGACUUAGGGGGGGCUUUGUUGUGCCGGGAAUGUGGUCCAAGGCCUGAUGGCUUUAUGCGGUUUUACAGGACGUCGUACCUGUACAAGACCGCAGAUGCAUGCUUAACCCUUGUGGAGUUCAUGGCUCGUCCUUUUUGCUGGGAUAUGGCACUGUUCAGAAGCCGCGAUUCGGCGACUUCUGGCCGCUUAGAGCCACCGUCCGGUGUGCUGGCUGGAAUGCAUCUCGCUACUGCGCGGCGCUGCACGCAGAUAGCGAAAAGCGAGCACCCCAGGAGUACUUGCAAGAUAAGAAGAGGCAGCCGCAACGAACAAAGUCUUAUCGCAAUCAACGAUCAAGCCUUGUCAAGCCAGCAGAUACACACGCUUUAUGCUAAAUGGGAAGAAUCGGGUGCUCCCUCGCAGCCACCCGAGGGGCAACGCCCGUUUCAGCAGCUACCCGGGUCACAUGGCUCAGACAAACUCAGCAAAACGUUCUGGGUAGCUAUGAAUCAUCUAGACCACUCGGUUGUGCGUUUCGCUCGCCGGCACCCGCUGCUAAUUUGGCUGGCAUGGGGCCUCUUAAGCUUAGGUUUUUUGUGCAGCCUCAAUGGCUUCUUGUGGCCAAUUUUGAUUCUGCUAUUUGUGCUACGUCGGUUACGCCUGUUGAUGUGGGAAGCAGCCGUGCGAUGGUUCAGUCCGUAUGUUUUUUCCAAGGAUGUUGAAGCCUUCCUCCAUCAGCCGAUGCAUGCUGAGGGGCAGAGUGUUGUAGAGCCUCAAUCAAGCUUUUUCACUGGCUCUAGGGAAGUUUUAUCCCUAAUGGAAAGUCAAGAAAAGCUCUUUUUUUCAAUGCCGUGGAUGGCUGUCACUGCUUUCUCGUACUGCGAAAGGCUGACCCUGCAAGAUCUCUGUUCAGCGAUUACAACGAACCUCUUAAAGCCCGUGGACAAGUUUUCGUGCUUUGCUGACUGCAGCGCAGAUGAUACCACACUUGGGCGUCUGCCUCUCUCGGCUUUUGCGCACCCCCGGCUACUUGCAAAAGUACAGCGCAUUAUGGGCAGAUAUUGCUGGGUUCGACAGGAAGGUUUUCGAGUGUCUCAACAUGUGAUGAAACUUACAAGGAAAGGCCUUGAAUCAUUUCGCGAUCAACGUUUCGUUGUGGGUAAAGGCAGUGCGGACUCCAAGGAAAUGAGCCAAACACAGAAGCUGUGCUCUUGCAGUUCUGCCUCCGAUUGCAGCUGUCUGCUGGACGAAGCAGACGUCACCUGCCUUGUGAACGAAGCGCUUGCUCAGCCCUUGGACCCUGGAAAGCCCCUCUGGCAGUUUCUGCUGAUAGAAAAUGUAAUAUUGCCCCCCCGAGAUGGGGCUGGAAGCCUGGAGAAAGAAUGCAUUGGCAGUGUGGUGGUGUUUCGCAUGCACCACGCAGUGGGGGAUGGGGUGUCCAUCACGCGCAUGUUUCUUAGGGACUUUCUAUGUGCAGCCCCAGCAGUACCUUGCAAUGAUUGCACAAGUGCUCAGCAGUAUGAAGGGCAGACAGUCUCUGUAAUGGGCGCGGCAAGUUUGCCUGAUAAGGGCUCCGCGACUGCUAUAGCCUCGCAGCUGUCACACACCGUUUCAGCGGAUACUAGUGGCGACAACGAUGUUUUUCAUGACAACACUGAAGAAGCGGCUCAAACACCAAAAGUUGGGAGCCCAGUAAGCGCCGCGAGCACCAGCACUAUCUGGACAGCUUCGGUGACUUCCUCGAAAGCAGCCGCCGAUGCAAACGAAACAACAAACGAUACAUUCAAGGCCCAGAUGCAAGAUCGAAAUGCACUGCAAUUUAGAGACGAAGGCGUACUCUCGAAAACUUCCCCUGGAGUUUCGCCAUUAAAAACAUAUUCCUCUGUCUGUGCGAUCCCCCAGAAUACUUUUUGGAAGGUGCUACUGGCGAUUCGCUUCGCGUUACAAAUACCGUUUUAUGCAGCGCAAAUGGCCUUGCUAAUGAGCUAUGAUGAAUUACUGGAGACGCCGCGCUGCGGCAGUGCCCGUAGGACAAGAAUAGCCAAGCCAAUAUGCAUUCCUCUGCAAGAACUUAAGGACCUCAAGACGCGACUGGCUGCUGUGUUGGCGCUGCAGCGGGAAACUCAGCCGGCCACCACUAGACGCUCAGUUGGGAGACGACUGCUCCAGUGGAUCAAGCCGUUCAGUGCCACCCAAGAUAGGCAGCAGAUGGACAAGAAGCAGUCGAGAGCAGGACAAGAUAAAGCAAUGUGUAGCAGCGCAGGUAACCGGGGUGCGCUUGGUGCGACCGCACAAACACCCACGGUCAGAGAGGAGCACAGCAACGCAAAAACCUUGAGGGUCACGCUGAAUGACAUAUUCGCUGCAUGCAUUGUCGGGGGGUACCAUCGUUACGAAGAAAAAAUGAAAAAGAAUCUUUCAAGCAACGAAGAAAAAAGCAUGGAGGGUAGCAUUCGAGCUAUAAGCAAGCAUCCCCUAAAAGAGGAAAUAAACUUCCUUAUUCCCGUAAAUCUCCGCCGGCAAGACCACGAAGCCAAGGAUCUUCGAAACCGCUUUGCGUCGCUUGUACUCCAGAUGCCAGUUACUUCGCAGGGAGAUUCCUUGCAAAGGAUGCUUGGAGUCCACGGGGCAAUACGGAAAACCUUUCAGAGCUUCGCAAUCCCCAUGGUGAUGUGCCUAGAAAACUGGCUGUACAAUACAUGGCCGGACUUGCUCAUGGCUUACUUCCUCCGGCUUACACACAAGGUGGGAGUAGGCGUAUCUGCAUUUUCCUGCGGAGGGGUUGUCAGUAUUUGCAUUUCAGCAGACGAAGGGGUUGUGUCUGAUCCCCAGGUUUUACGGGAGUGUGUUCUCGCUGAGUAUGCCUCUUUGUGUCAGGCCUGCAAGCAAUUUGAACCCUUCGUGGCCGUUGAUGGUUUAGCCAGUAGUGCAAUAACAAUGCCCCUCGUUGUUCCCUCGUGA